GAGUAAAACGCCGAGGAGCGAGGUGAGGCAGAGCUCAUUCAGUGGGAUUGUUGAGCUGCGGAGCUCCUCGGAUUUUUCCAGCUGAACAUCCCUCCGUGUGGUGGUCUGUGAAAACGCUGCGCGCCCCGUGGCCCACCGACCCAGAAGCGGAUGCGACAAGAGCCUGCGAGGGGACCAGACCAACAACUUUUUUUCACCGUGGUAAUCGACAAAGUGCCAACAGUAUGCCUAAACAAGUGGAGGUGAGGAUGCACGAGAGUCACCUGGAGCCCAUCGAGGCCAGGCCUCAGUCCAAAUGUGCCAAAAUCUGCUCCUCGAUGUGCAAGAACCUUCUGCUCACACUCACCGUUCUCGGUGUGAUCUUGGGUGCUGUAUCAGGAUGCUUGCUCCGUGUCGCCUCCCCAAUACACCCGGACAUCGUCAUGGUGAUCUCUUUUCCUGGAGAUAUCCUGAUGAGGAUGCUGAAGAUGCUGAUCCUGCCACUCAUCAUCUCCAGUUUAAUCACAGGUCUCGCCGGUCUGGACGCCAAAUCCAGCGGUCGCCUGGGCACCAGAGCUAUGGUCUACUACAUGAGCACCACUAUUAUUGCCGCUAUCCUGGGAGUCAUCCUGGUGUUAGUCAUCCACCCUGGCAACCCCAAACUGAAGGAGAACCUGGGCGAGGGCGAGAAAAAUGACGACGUGUCCAGCUUGGAUGCCUUCUUUGAUCUGGUCAGGAACCUGUUCCCAGAGAACCUGGUACAGGCGUGUUUCCAGCAGAUCCAGACGGUCACAAAGAAGACGGAGGUGGCCGUGGUGGAGCAGUUCAAUGCCACCACCAUGGAGGGGCUGUUGGCCAACAUCACCAAGGAGCCUCAGAUCAUCGUCAAAAAGUCCCUGCAGUACAAAAGUGGCAUGAAUGUUCUGGGUCUGAUUGGUUUCUUUAUUGCAUUUGGCAUCUGCAUGGGCAAGAUGGGAGAGAAGGCCAGACUCAUGAUUGAAUUCUUCAACAUCCUCAAUGAGAUUGUGAUGAAAAUUGUCAUCAUGAUCAUGUGGUACUCUCCCUUCGGUAUCGCCUGUCUGAUCUGUGGUAAGAUCAUCUCCAUCAAUGAUCUGGAGGUGGUGGCCCGGCAGUUGGGCAUGUACAUGGUCACUGUCAUCAUUGGCCUCAUCAUUCACGGAGCGAUCUUCCUGCCCAGCAUCUACUUUGUUAUCGUCAGGAAAAACCCCUUCACCUUCUUCCUGGGCAUCUUCCAGGCCUGGAUCACCGCACUGGGCACAGCCUCCAGUGCUGGAACACUGCCCGUCACCUUCCGUUGUCUGGAGGAGAACUUGGGCAUUGACAAAAGAGUCACUCGUUUCGUGCUCCCAGUCGGUGCCACCAUCAACAUGGACGGAACUGCUCUUUAUGAGGCCGUGGCCGCCAUCUUCAUUGCACAGAUGAACGGCAUCCACCUUGACCCGGGUCAGAUUGUCACUGUCAGUCUCACAGCCACCCUGGCCAGUGUGGGAGCAGCCAGUAUUCCCAGUGCUGGCCUGGUGACCAUGCUGCUGAUCCUGACUGCCGUGGGCCUGCCAACGCAAGACAUCAGUCUGCUGGUUGCCGUCGACUGGCUGCUGGAUCGAUUCAGGACCUCAGUGAACGUGGUGGGUGACUCCUACGGUGCAGGCAUCGUGUACCACAUGUCCAAGGCGGAGCUCGAUGAGCUGGAUGCGCAGACGGCCAAAUCCGACGACAUCGAAAUGAUGACGAAGACCCCCUCUUACUACGACGACAUGAAGAACCACCACGAGAACAAUUCCAACCAGUGCGUCUUAACCGCUACCGCAACCGCUUCCACCACUGCUAACAAUUCUGUCGUAGUAGAUGAAUGCAAGGUAACCUCAGCCACUAACGGCUCUGCUGCGGAGUGCACACUUGUUGAGGAGGAACCGUGGAAGCAUGAAUAAUGGCAGCACAGAGAUCCCCUGCUCCUGGGCUCCACAAGCUUUCCUACCUGCUGAUAAAAAAAGAGUGAAUGAAGAAAAAAGUCACACGAACAGAACUACUAAUUGUUUAUUUUUGGGGUUGUUUUUUUUAAUGUAGUUUUAGUCUUCUUUUUUUUCCAUUAGUCCCUUUAAAGGUUUCUGUAACUGUCUUACCUGACUGAUAUGUAAUACUUAUUCACAUAACCGUGAAAUGAUAACAGAGGUAUACUUUACCUGUUAGAGCACAAUUAUGUCCUUUAUAGCAGAUACUUGCACAACAUACUUCAAGGCUUAGGGAAGGAAGGAAGAGAGAGAAAAAAAGAAGGUUAUUCUCAGCAAUACACCCUGGUUUGACAUGACAAGUGAAAGAACAAGUGGCCACAGAACAUGGGAUGUCCUCGAAUCAUCCUCCAAGUUUCAUUCAGGUGAUUCAUUAUUGUAACGCCAGAGGAAGAGAGUCGGGGCAUUAAUCAUGGCAACCAACCUAAUCCUUGUACCCAACUGAUCUUGCUUUACGUCCGUAAACGCAGAAAGGCCACUGCCUUUCAUUUUCAGCCCAAUCUCUCAUCUUAAGACCAUGAAUUAUCUGUCCUCUGUCCGCACCUCUCCAACAUUACCCCAUGAUCCCGAGGCCCCGGAGAAGUGAUGCAAAAAGGCCACGAGGGCAGGGAGAAGAGUAACGGACAGGAAGGACCACGCUGAGCCUCAUAACCUACAAGCACAGUCACUACAGACUUAUAAAGCACAAAUGAUACUAUGGAGCCCUUUUUCUUUUUUUUAUCCCUCUUUUGUUUUCCUUCUUUGACUACUGUAAAGGAAAGGGACUUUUUUAUUUGAGUCACCUGUUGAUGUCAGAUGUAAAACUUGUUUGUGUGCGUGUGCGUGUGUGCGUGUGUGCGUGUGUGCGUGUGUGUGUGUGUGUGUGUGUGUGUGUGUGUGUGUGUGUGUGUGUGUGUGUGUGUGUGUGUGUGAGAGUGUGAGUGUGAAAGUGUGUGUGUGUGUGUGGUAGAGAGAGGGAGAUCAUGACCAAGUCAGGUGUAGGGACCAAACAGAAAACCAAUCAACUCACAGAGGCCUUUGAACUGCCUCCAUCACGCAUCGCAUUUUUCAGCCGUCCAUUUCCAACAGGCUGCCACCGCCGCCGAUAUUCUCACUUUUCCUCGAAACUUUGAGCGAAGAAAAAAGGCACAACGCCCUUGAUACGGACCUUUUAUACAGCAAUGGAUCUCUUCACACACACACAAAAAAUUAAUUCUGCAUUGCCAGUGGAAUUUAAAGUGAAACUAGCGUCAAUGUGAUUCAUUUGAGACAGAUGAUUGACACAACUGAAAAGAGAUUUAUAAUAGAGCACAAAGUGACAGAGCACAAAAAAAAGCCAAAAGGCGAAUGAGGAUGAUUGUCAGUCAGAGGUAUAAUCCAAGUGGUGCACAUUAUCGUUCCACUGAAUCGCAUUCCAAUAUUUGACAAAAUGAUUUUGACAACACAAUAAGGGAGAGAGAGAGAGAGAGAGAGAAAGAUACUCAGGCGUGUACGUUUACUCUCUUACUGAGAGAGAAUAUUAUAAUCCUUAAAUGUUUACUGGCUCACUACUUGAGCUUUUCACCUCGAGAAAAAAUAGCCACUUGACAGCACAUCUGUGGAGAGCUGCGACUUUGCAAAUGGGACUUUGUCGAGAGACGGUAGCUGCGACAGGAUACACACGACAGGGAGGGACGCGCGCAUGCUUCAGACGACACUGGCAUCUGAGAGCACAGACCGACGAGAGCACCGAGGGAGAACCAUUAGAAUAAAGAAGAAGAAACAACUUAGGGGAAGGUUGCCAGCUCCUUGUUUAGCCCGAACGCAAAAAGGCAAAGUACAGUAUGUAUAUUGUAGCCUCCAGAGCUCCAGACUGUUUCUACAAACCCUAGAUGCUGCAGCUGCGUGUCCACAUCGGUCAGAAGACGCAUUAAGGACAGAAAAACAAUGGCCACAUACAGUAACGCACGUGAUGCCAGAAUGUUGCCAACUAUCAGGUAAUAGAAGUAUGUUCCUCUCAUGCAACCAAAUGGCUUAAAAAAAAAAAAAAAAGGAUCUGCAAACGUAAAAACAAAGUUGGACUGCUGGCUGUUAAUCUUUUCUUCUUUUUUUUUGGGCCUGUGUGAGUGAGAGGUGAGACUUCUGUGAUUCCGUGGGAGUGGAUUUCUUUAUCAGCGCCUCGUGUCUUUCUCCUCUGUCCUGUUUUUUGUUAUCUCUGUUUCAAUUUCUUCGUAUUUUUUAUUUCUGCUCAAUGACAACCUUGCCUUGAAGAUGUUCACUUCAAACAAAUGCCAACAACGCACGCCACUUAAAGUACCACUAUAGGAGACUUUUAAAAAGACAACACACACACGCAGCGCAGCAAUCUGUCCUUUAGUUCCUGAGAGACUUCCCUUUUUGUUAUUUUCUUAGCUCAGCUUACACACGACACGGUGCUCACUCGGUGUUCCGCUGGCCACCGCACAGACGGAUGCACACAAAACAAAGAGAGCACACACACUCACACACACUCACACACACUCACACGCACAUAAAUUCCUAUGUUUUUUUUCCAAGUGCGCACACAAACGCGCGUGCCACCGCUCUAAAAACCUCGAAGGUCACUACGCUUAGGAAUUGAAAUGGGCGAGCUGCAGAGCUCGGCAGUGACACCGCGACCUUUGAGCCUGGUCCUUUGACCUUGUGAUCUCCAGGAAACAAAACAGAAAGAAGAAGAAGAAAGGAACAUCUCCAGUAAGGAGAAAAUGCAGACCUAUCGUGUCACCACUGGGGAUUGAGUGUUGGACCGAUAUUAUGUUCACACUCACAGUUUUAGCAGCAUGAAUAAAAUAAAGUGAUAAUUAUUAUUUUUUUGCACCACUAUCUUAAAAAGCAUGAUAUUUUGAAGUGCCUCCUUGCACUUUGUGUAUAUAUUGUAGGUAACAGAUUUUUUCCCCCCCUUUUUGUUUUCUCUUGGGGGACGUUGAAGUGGUAUGUAGGAAUAUAGUUUCAUUGCUGUGACAUUUUUUAUGUAAUCCUCUAGAAGAAGAAAAAUGUCAUCUGUGUCCUGAGUAAAAUAUAGAAUAGACAAAAAUGUAUAGAGAGCAAAUUGUGUUAUAAACUGCCUGUUUUUUUAUUCUCUAAUAGCUCUUAACUAGUCGUUUUACUUACAUGUCACACACCAAUAUAUAAAUAUCCUCUUUUUUUUUUGUAUCUAAUGUAAGCGUUUUGAAUGUUCGUUCCAUGAAGAUAUAAGCGGUGUGCAUUCAAUUUCAUUGUACAUAAAUAAAUAUAUAAUUGUUCUGUUCAGUGGCGAUGCAGAUAUUUCCAGAGGUUUACAGUGAUCCUGAACCAAACGCUGUUUGCAUGACGAAGAGAGAGAAAAAAAUAAAGGGAUAAAAGAGUGUCAGAAUGAGAGAAAGAGAGAGAGAGAGAGGGGGGGGGGAGGAAAGAGAGCAAGGGGAUGUUUUCGCUUUGACGGAAGGGGCCAACAACGAGUUAUUUUGGUGGGAAUUACUGCGACAGGGGCGGCGGAAGAGAGAGAGAGACACACUCAAGGAACAAGGUACAACAAUUUUUGCCCAGGAUGUAGAGUAGAGUGAGGAAUCGAACCCAGCGCGGACGUGGUGUAUCUCAGAUGCCCGACACAAGCACAGAGCAACGUUCUUCAGGCGACUCAUCUGAACCAUUGUGUGGCUUUAGUCUCAGGCAUGGCGGUUCACCAGCUGCACGUGCAUUGAGAGCUGGGGGACCCAGACGUCCAUCUAGAGUCUGCGUUAGGCCCGUCUGCCUGCCACGUCGUCGUCGUCACACGCUUGACCCCAAUGACACUCGACGUCGCGCGAGGUUGAGAGAAAUCCCAACUCGGACGAAAACCUGCCUCGACUCCACUCGCCUUCCGUUCGCUUUCUGAGCGGAAACCGUACGCACACACCGACACCUGGAACUUGCUGAGUUGAACGCUACCGAGUACGAUGGAUGUCGAUCGGCGCGGCGGUUCACACGGAGAGCCAGUAUACUGUAUCUUCCAGCUGGGCCUUUUCUACUGUAACCUGUCCCUUUUUUUUUGUUGUCGAAGAAACUCCUACGUAGAGCUGAUAACCCGUCUCACUCCUGCCUACUACGUGCUUUUUCCUGAUCUUACUUUUCUAGGCCUUCCUUCUUUGUAAAGUUGUUGUAACUCUGAUGUAAAGGCAGAGCGUGUGCGUGGGGGAGAUACACUAUCGAGAGAGAAAAAAGACAAAAAAAAAGACAAAAAAAGAAACAUGAAUUCUUUCCUCGGUCUAUGGUAUACACAAAAAAUACUGUUUCUACAUAUCAAGUGUUGUACCUUUGGUGUACAUAUACAAAUAUAACUAAUAAAUGUUGAUUCAUAACUAAA